UAGUUUACAAAAGAACCCAUUAGCACAGCUCAAUUUGCAUUACUUGAUGGCAUUUGUUUACCUUCCAUGAUUUAUUCUUUCGGUAAUAUCAAUAAUUUCUUCUGUACUCAAUCAUUUUAAAUUAAUUUCAACAGACUCACGUGUAUAAUACCUAAUAUGAUAAUUUGUUCCAAGCACUACUCCAAAUCUAUUGAAUGAUUUUAAAAACUUAAUUAUUUUGAGGUGCUUAUACUAACUAGAUAACAUUUUUGAAUAUAUUAAUUGAUUAUCGUAUUGUCGAGUCCAUCAACUAAGUGUGAGAUAAGGAUCAUUGUAACUAGUAUAAAUAACAUCCGAUUCUGGAAACAAAUCGUAGUAUGGCAAGCAUGUACAUCAAACUAGCAUUUGCAGCUCUACUUGUAUGUGCACUGUAUAACAGUGCCUACAGUAGAUCAAUCAGAAACGACGAAAAAUCAGUUGUGAGCGAUGAACAAGGGAAGACAUUUAGCGUGAAUUUGAACAGAGAUCAUUGGGAUGACGAUGACGAUCGCCAUGGUAGGGACGAUGAUGGUGAUGACGAUCGUCACCACACAUUAAGUGACCGUAGAGAUGACGACGACGAUGACCGUCACGGUAGAGACGAUGAUGAUGACGAUCGCCACGGUAGAGAUGAUGAUGACGAUGACCGUCACCGUAGAGACGAUGAUGAUGAUGACGAUGACCGCCACCGGGUACUAACUGACCGUAGAGAUGAUGAUGAUGAUGAUGACGAUAGACACCGUAGAGACGAUGAUGAUGGUGACGAUGACCAAUACCAUUGGGAUGGUCCUGAUAACAAUGAGCGUCGCCGUGGACUAACUGACCGUAGAGAUGAUGACGAUGAUGAUGACCGUCACCGUAGAGACGAUGAUGAUAAUGACGAUGAUCGUCACCGUAGAGACGAUGAUGAUGAAGACGAUGACCGAGACCGUUGGGACGAUGAUGAUGACGAUGACCUUCACCGUGGACUAACUGACCGUAGAGAUGAUGACGACGAUGAUGACCGCCAUGGUAGAGACGAUGAUGAUGACGAUCGCCACCGUAGAGACGAUGAUGAUGAUGACGAUGACCGUCACCGUAGAGAUGAUGAUGAUGAUGAUGACCGCCACCGUGUACUAACUGACCGUAGAGAUGAUGACGACGAUGACCGUCACGGUAGAGACGAUGAUGAUGACCGUCGCCACGAUAGAGGAGAUGAUCGUAACCUAACUGACCGUAGAGAUGAUGACGACGAUGACCGUCACCGUAGAGACGAUGAUGAUGAUGACGAUGACCGUCACCGUAGAGACGAUGAUGAUGAUGACGAUGACCGUCACCGUAGAGACGAUGAUGAUGAUGAUGAUGAUGAUGAUGACCGUCACCGUGGACUAAAUGACCGUAGAGAUGAUGAUGACGAUGAUCGCCACCGUGGAGACGAUGAUGAUGAUGAUGACCGUCACCGUAGGGACGAUGAUGAUGAUGACGAUGACCGUCACCGUAGAGACGAUGAUGAUGAUGACGAUGACCGCCACCGUGUACUAACUGACCGUAGAGAUGAUGAUGAUGACGAUGACCGUCACCGUAGAGACGAUGAUGAUGAAGACGAUGACCGACACCGUUGGGACGAUGAUGAAGACGAUGACCGUCACCGUGCACUAACUGACCGUAGAGAUGAUGACGACGAUGACCGUCACGGUAGAGACGAUGAUGAUGACCGUCGCCACGAUAGAGGAGAUGAUCGUAACCUAACUGACCGUAGAGAUGAUGAUGACGAUGACCGUCACCGUAGAGACGAUGAUGAUGACGAUGACCGUCACCGUGGACUAACCGACCGUAGAGAUGAUGACGAUGAUGACGAUGACCGUCACCGUAGAGAUGAUGAUGAUGAGGACGAUGACCGUCACCGUAGAGACGACGAUGAGGAUGACGAUGACCGUCACCGUAGAGACGAUGAUGAUGAUGACGAUGACCGCCACCGUGUACUAACUGACCGUAGAGAUGAUGAUGAUGACGAUGACCGUCACCGUAGAGACGAUGAUGAUGAAGACGAUGACCGACACCGUUGGGACGAUGAUGAUGACGAUGACCGUCACCGUAGAGAUGAUGAUGAUGAUGGUGACGAUGACCAAUACCAUUGGGACGGUGCUGAUAACGAUGAGCGUCGCCGUGGACUAACUGACCGUAGAGAUGAUGACGAUGAUGAUGACCGUCACCGUAGAGACGAUGAUGAUAAUGACGAUGAUCGUCACCGUAGAGACGAUGAUGAUGAAGACGAUGACCGUCACCGUAGAGACGAUGACGAUGAGCGUCCUCCUUUAGUACAUUAUCAUAGAAUCUACUAGAAUUAUGUUAUCAAUCAAUAAUAAUUUAAUACUGUAAAAUAAAUAAUGAAGCAUU